GAACGUUUGACACUUGCGAAUAAAUGAGCACCUCCUUUGAGAAAACAUAAGACAUUCACAAUUUUUUAUGUGAAAUAACUAGUCAUACAUUUUUUUAAAAAUAUGUAAUCUUUUAUCUUACACGACUUUUCAACACAAAACAUGGUGGAAGCAUUGCAAUUAAAGCCGCAUUUGUAGUGGUACCAGUGUGCCACGAGUGACGUCGAGAGAAGGCGAGGAUAGGACCUCCUUCAUGAAAACUUCGGUUUUCAUGCGCCUAUAUCAAGGUGCGAGUUUUAUUCCUAUACUUAUUUAACCGUCGUCAUGGUAGAUGAAGCGACGAAGAAAACUCUUAGUGGCAUACCGUUGUGCAAAACUAAAGCAGGGCCGCGAGAUAAAGACCUUUGGGUGCAGAGAUUAAAAGAAGAAUACCAGUGCUUAAUUAAGUAUGUACAAAAUAAUAAAAGUGCCGAUAAUGAUUGGUUCAGAUUGGAAUCCAAUAAAGAAGGUACAAGAUGGUUUGGCAAGUGUUGGUAUGUCCAUAAUCUGUUGAAGUACGAGUUUGAUGUCGAAUUUGACAUACCAAUUACAUAUCCUACAACCGCACCUGAAAUUGCAUUGCCAGAACUUGAUGGGAAAACGGCAAAGAUGUACCGUGGUGGCAAGAUUUGUUUGACAGACCAUUUCAAACCUCUUUGGGCUAGAAAUGUGCCAAAAUUUGGCAUAGGACACGCAAUGGCAUUAGGACUUGGACCCUGGUUAGCUGUAGAAAUUCCUGACAUGAUUGAGAAAGGAAUUGUGACUUAUAAAGAAAAAGAUGGGUGAUUGUCCUGCAUGUGUAAAACACUGAUUUUUGUGAAGUGUAUAAGUGAACAUUAAAAAAUAUAAACAGUAGUUACUUCAAGCUGGAUCUUGAUAUUGAAAACUUUUAAUCGCUUAUAAACCAGUCUAAAAUGGUUCAAAUACUUGAAAUUAUAUUUAAUCAUCUUUCUUAAAGAGCUUUUCCACUCAAAUUCCUGAAGAUAUUAAGUUGUGUGAGAUGUAAUGUUUAUUAUUAAUGAGAAUAAGAAGGAAAUACAUUGUGGUAUAUGGCAUGUGAAACUAAUCUCCAUGAUCUGUUCAUGAAAACUGACAAAAAAAUGAAUGAAUGGAAAAAAAAAUUAUUGAAUAUCGGUAGUUGCCAAAGUCAUGCAUUCUAUUUCACCCACAUCUACUUCAUUGUGGAGAGUGUCGCUCUCUCACUUUAUUUUAUAUUUCCUUAAGCCAUUCUGGUAUUUGGCACAAUAUUCAGUUUUGCUGGGAGAUGAAUGAUCAUUAAAAUUGUUCUCAGUGCGCUGUACCACAGACACGCCAGCACUUCCGCAGGAAGAUAAACUAAGAGACAAUUCUAAUAAUGUAUUGAGGAAAGGUACUCUCUCCAUUCAUAUGAUAAAUAAUCUAUGAACAAUGACUGCUAUGACUAAUGAAAAACGUAUUGUUUACACAAGGGCCAAAAGGAAAAUAUUAUUAAAUGUUUAUAAAUACCACAUUAACUUUCCGUUAUUAUUUUGAAAUGUUUCAGACAUGGUUUAAACUUUCUUUAGUAAACAAAUCAAAGAAAGUUAUAUAACUUGCAACAUAUCUAGGUUUUAAUGAACGUUUGGGGAAUCCCUUGUCACUAAGUGCUUUCAAUCAAAUGAUUUAAAUAUUACAACAUCAAAACUUCCUAUUCAACCAAAACCUUUAGACAUAAGACCAUGGCGAGUUUGAUACAGCCACAUAUUUGAAUACCUUUGUCUUUGACUUUGAGUUCUCACUGUAAUAGGUUAAAGCAUAUCAGGAAUAUAGGGUACAACAUAAAUAAGUUAGGCCUUAUAAAAUAAAAUACAUGUGUUAUUAUCAACUAAACAGCAAACAGGAUCAAUUUACAUCCUAGGCACCACAAAGUCACUAAAAAAACAUAGAAACAUACAUUACUUCUUUUGAUCAUCAUCUAGUUGCAUUUUCUUUGUUUCAGCAACAAUUUCAUCUAAUCUGUAUAAAUCUUUAAGGCUGACUUCUCCAGAACCCCGAGGAAGUGGUUUGGGCUGUGAUGCAUCAGGUUUCCAUCCUAACAAAUAAAUGAUUUGGAAUGUUGCUGGAACAGAUAAACCUCUUCCAUCAUUCUUUCCAUAUAGCUCUUGAUAAAUAGCAGCAGCUGCUACAGUAACAUCACGCCUCAAAUGUAAUUUUCUAUUCCAAGCUGCGUUAUUUUCUCCCAUUCCCUUUAAAUCCCACAUUAAUUCAAACAUGGUUGGAUACCCAACAACAAUUUCAUCAGUAUCAAUAGUUAACAUAGUAAAGCCAGCUCUUGUGAGGAGGCUUCCAAUGUCUCUAACUUCUGUAAAAGGAGAAAUAUGUGGGGCAAUUCCUCCUUGACGUUCAAGUUCAGCCAACUGAAGAGAUGAUCGCAGUUCAUAGAGUGUGUCUCCACCAAAAACAGCGCCCAUAAAAACACCAUCAUUCUUCAAACUGUGCAAUAUUUGAGAGAAAGUACCUGGUAAAUCAUUGACCCAAUGUAAACUUAGACUACUUACUACCAGGUCAAGGGAGUUUUGGUCAAAUGGCAACAAUUCUUCGUCAACCACUUUCCUCUGGACUUUUAUUCCUUCUUGAGGUUGUGCUUGCUCCAGCCAGGUGGGAGACAUGUCACAUAAUAUAAGUUCUUCAACACUAUCAGCUGUUAUGUGUUUAGAAACAUACCCACGUCCGCAACCAAUAUCUGCUGCACAUUUAAACUUCCUUUUAAUGUCACGAACACGAUCUGCCAAUCUAAACCCUACUUCUUCCUUCAAAUAGUCAAAAAGCUCAACCUCAGAGCUGAUGGCAGCCCUCUCUUUCUGCAACUGCUUAGCUUUCCUGUCAAAAAUAUUUAAUACUGAUCCUUCAGGUGCCUUAAUUUGGCGAGAGCUGUUGUAAACGUGUAUUCUUCGAAGCGAUUUUGGCAAUACACUACUGAAGCCUUCACAACAUAACCUAUCAAUUGCAUUGACAUUUGUAUUCAGACAGAUACUACGAUAUGCUCUACCUGGAGAAACAAAGUUCAAAGACCUCGAAACAUGGUGAAACAUCAAUGCCAUCGUCUCUCAAUUUAUACAAAGGAAUAAAAUUGCGCGUCAGCUCUUUCCGUGCUGAAUAUAGAUCACACGCCGAUAGACGCUAACUACCAGGAGAAACCACAUAUCAAUCGUUCCUCCAUCAGGGCCGGUUCCCUGAGGUUCCUGUUUGUGCAGUUUUGUGAACGCACUUAAAGUGCAAUGCGCGUUCACGCCACCGCGGUGGGACCAUUCCUACCCUUACGAGCAUCUAUGGCCUAUCCUGUAACA